AUGCUGCUCACCAAGCCCCACACCUCCCUCGCCGCCGCCGCCGCCGCCGCCGCCGCCUCCACGCCGACCCCGAAGCAUGACCUGAACGUUAACCGCGUUGUGGCCCUGACGCCGUCGGCCUCCCGCCGCAGCGGCGAUCUCCGGGUCUCCGCCGCCUCCGUGGCGGCGGCGCAGCCCACACCGGCGUCCCCUGCAGCGGCGCUGAGCCGCGUGGACGUGCUGUCGGAGGCGCUCCCGUUCAUCCAGAGAUUCAAGGGCAAGACGGUGGUGGUCAAGUACGGCGGCGCGGCGAUGAAGUCGCCGGUGCUGCAGGCGUCGGUGAUCCGCGACCUGGUCCUGCUGUCCUGCGUCGGCCUCCGCCCCGUGCUCGUCCACGGCGGCGGGCCCGAGAUCAACUCCUGGCUGGCGCGCGUCGGCGUGGAGCCUCAGUUCCGCAACGGGCUCCGCGUCACGGACGCGGUCACCAUGGAGGUCGUGGAGAUGGUUCUCGUGGGCAAGGUCAACAAGCAGCUCGUCUCCCUCAUCAGCUUCGCGGGGGCCACCGCCGUCGGGCUGUGCGGCAAGGACGCGCGGCCCUCCCCUGACGCCGCCUCCCUCGGCUUCGUCGGCGAAGUGACGCGCGUGGACCCCGCCGUCCUCCACCCCAUCAUCGCGUCCGGGCACAUCCCGGUCAUCGCCACCGUGGCGGCCGACGAGGCCGGGCAGGCCUACAACAUCAACGCCGACACGGCGGCCGGGGAGAUCGCCGCGGCGGUGGGAGCCGAGAAGCUGCAGCUGCUCACGGACGUGUCCGGCGUACUGGCGGACCGCGACGACCCAGCGAGCCUAGUGAGGGAGGUGGACGUCGCCUGGGUGAGGCGGAUGGUGGCCGAGGGGAAGGUGGGCGGCGGGAUGAUUCCCAAGGUGGAGUGCUGCGUCCGUGCCAUCGCCCAGGGGGUGCGCACCGCCAGCAUCAUCGACGGCCGCGUCCCGCACUCGCUGCUGCUAGAGAUCCUCACGGACGAGGGCACCGGCACCAUGAUCACCGGCUAA